AUGUGGGAUGUUGUAGAACAAGGAAACUGCAUUCCACUUGAUGAGGCUAGCAAAGAAAUACCUAAAGCACGGUGGAAUGAAGAACAAAAACAAAGAUUCAUGUUGAACUCCAAAGCCCGAAAUGCACUCAUGUGUGCUUUAUCUGAGGAAGAGUACACCAAAGUACACAGCUUCAAGAGUGUCAAGAAAAUGUGGAAUACCCUAGCUCUGACCUACGAGGGAUCCAUGAAGGUAAAACGCAACAAGUUAAGCUUGUUGGCUCAUGAGUAUGAACUCUUAGAAAUGGAAGAGAAUGAGUCUAUCCAAAAUAUGUUUGGAAGAUUCCAAACUAUUGUAAAUGAAUUCUCUUUUCUAGGUAGAACUUAUGAUAAUUUUGAUCACAUUGACAAGCUGCUUCGUAGUUUACCCAGGAAGUGGAGAUCACAGGAUAUAGCUUUAAGAGUGUCCAAAAACCUCAAAAAACUCUUGCUAGAAGAACUCAUAGGGCAACUCAAAGUUAAAGUUAGCGGAAAUACACAUAGAAGGAGGGUUAAAUAUGUGUAUUUGUGUGUGAACAAGGAAUUUUAA